GUGCCAUUGAGUAGAGACGCUAAUCUCCAUUCUACGCCGCCUCACGUCACACAUGCCUCUGCCUCUUCUCUGAGCACUGAGCUCCACCACUUCCAGCGGGUCCACUGUCCACCGUCCAACCAACCUCCACUCUCCUCCCGACAUCGAUCGAUUAACCAUCGCGGCUAACUCGGGUCAUCGAUCUUCACUACGUUGCGGAUGUGCGACUUAGUUAGCAACGUCGACUCCUCCACACAAUCGUCGGCGUCGGUCGUCGCUCUCCACGCAAUCGUCGGUCGUCGCUCUCCAGUCCAUCGGCUCUCCGCGCCGUCAGCAACUUGGUUGUCCUCAAUCCUCUGUCUUCCUCAGCCCUCAAUCUUCCUCAGUUCUCAGUCCUCAAUCCUCAUCAGCAACUGUAAAAGGCCCCUUGACUUAAUUUACUGUGAAUCUGUGUCAAUUUUGGGAAAUUCUGCACCAAUUGAAAAUGGUGUUAAUCAUGUUAAAUCGCUUCCUGCAUCUAAUGAUGAUCAUGAGGGUGUAAUAGUUUACAUGAAGGAGCCUAUGGAACCUGACGUAUUUCUCACCUUGCUCAGAGCUUCAUUAUCACUGUGGAGGCAACAGGCGAAGAGGGGAGUUUGGAUUAAGUUACCCAUUGAACUUGUAAAUCUUGUAGAAACUGCAGUUAAGGAAGGAUUUUGGUACCACCGUGCUGAGCCAAGUUACCUUAUGCUUGCUUACUGGAUUCCUGAAACUGCAAGUACAAUCCCUACUAAUGCUUCACAUAGAGUAGGUAUUGGUGCUAUUGUCAUUAAUGACAAAAGAGAGGUAUUUUCUGCAACCUCUUUUACAGUUUCCGCUUGCUCUUAUUCUGCUUUGCUUUUAUUUUAUGUCACUUAUCCUUAUUCUCUUUAAAACAGAUAUGUUAAUGUUCUUUACUUUCAUCAUUCCUCUAAUCCAAAAGCUGAGUUUUCUAUUGAUAUAAACAUAGGUCUCAAUUUAGUUCAUCCCUUUCCCCAUGUGUUUGCUGUCUAACUCUCACAUGUAUGUUGUUGAUCUUAAAAUGGGAAUCCUCUUGGCUGUUAACUUCUUGUUUUAGACUCACAUACAUAUAUUGCUGGUCUUGAACGAGAAUCUUCUUGGUUGUUAGGUGCUUGUUGUCUAGGAAAAAAGUGGCAGAUUUCGAGGAACAGGGGUGUGGAAAAUUCCCACUGGAGUUGUUGAUGAGUACUUGGGUGGACUUAUAGCAUAAACUGUUCAUUUGUCUUCAGGAUAUGGGGCAUCUUCUGGCAAGCCCUCUGAGUUAAACACAUACUCUGAUAUAGAGGCCGUGUACAAUUGUUUGAUGAAUGAAUAUGAAGUUAAGGAAGAGGAUUUGAUCUUGUAUGGCCAAUCUGUUGGAAGGGGACCUACCCUGCAUUUAGCUUCUCGUUUAGAGAAGUUGAGGGGAGUUGUUCUUCACAGUGCAAUCCUUUCAGGCAUACGCGUCUUGUGUCCUGUCAAGAUGACAUUUUGGUUUGACAUUUACAAGAAUAUUGACAAAAUACGGCAAGUCAAUUGUCCAGUUCUUGUUAUACAUUUUGCAGAAACUUGUAGAAGACCAAAAUCAGAUGAUAGCUCAAAUGCGUGAAGAACUACAGGCAGCGAAGAUGGGA